UAUUGGCUUCCUUUCCUAUAGUAAAUAAAAAAAGGACAGAAGUAGGGACUCUAUCUUGUGUUUGGAUCUAUGAUGUUUUAUUUCUCUAAAAGAUAAACAAGUAAUCAUGUUUUCAGUUACAACGUUGGACUUGCUGGAUUAAAAGAUCUUCUACGCGUCACCUGAGGCAUAGUUGCGUGCUAUGUAAUGGAUCAUUUGUGUCCUGCGGGCGUUUGACUCCACGGUAACUUUAUUUUGUGGCCGUGCAAAAUCAACUCUGAAGUCCGUUGGAGUUCUGGCACUCAAUCGAGUGUGAACAUUCUCCUUCCAGCCGUACUACCUCAUCUGAGAUGGAGACACCCAAACCCUUGUCUGUGAGAGCAGGACGAUCCACAAAUUCCUCAGAAUUAAGAGUUCAGCAGGAUUCCGUACUGGCAAAGUAUAUAGAUCGCUUUCGACAUGGUCGACCGCGGAGUCGUGAGGAACGCAAGCAAGGCCCUUCUGACAAUGGAGAGAAGCAGCAGCCUUUUUGGUGGAUGUCACCCUCAUCUUCACCCUGCAGUUCAACACCCACUAAAACAACAGACAAAUAUGGUAUCCAGCCUCUGAAGUAUGACCAUGGAUUUGCCAUUUUCAGUCCAGAUGGGCAGCAUCGACAUGACAGAUCCCUUUCCCCAUGCAGAAGAUCCCUUAGUAUGUUGUCGGACGCCUCUCAAGGGGAAUUUGAUGACACAGAGAUACAACACCUGCAGGAAAAGGCUAGCAGACUCCUGCUGAAAGGGGAAUGCACUCAGAGUGAUGGAUCAAACCCAGUCAGCUCAGAGGGCCUGGAAACCUCCGAUUUUUCUUCUCCUGUCAGUGUAUAUGAGCAUGAGCGGAGACCUUUUAUUCCCUUUGAGACAAGAGUAUCAGAAAAGAUCAUCUCAGAGUCCGUUCAGACCAUGUUCUGCCAAAAUUCCUCUGUCCUUCCUUUUGUGGUGCCGCCCACACGGCGGGAAGAGGACAUCUUGUUCCAGUGGCGUUUAAGGAGAAAGAUUGAGCAGGCCAGGGAGGGAUCGCAAUCCCUGCAACACUCCAGUCUUCAUGAUCCCACAUCUAACUGGCCGGCACCCAGUUCAAGCUGCCUCUCUGCCAGUGGAGCGGCUUACAAGCCACAGCAGCCUCCAGAAUUCUCACAGCAAUCUUCACAGCCACACAUCAUCGCACCCCGGCCACAAAUCAUUGAAGCCCCCAGAUCAUGUCCCCAAGCUGCAGAUCCAUCUCCCUUCCCUGCCUUAGUUGUCUCUAGCUCUUCAGUCUCUCAACCAAAAGUUAUUGCGCAAGUGCCUGCCCACAUGCAUUUACUCUGUGACGUCUUGCCCUGUCCCCUCCAGUCAUCUCUUGCAAGCAUCCAUCAACAUCUUUCUGAAGAUAUUGAUGAGUCUCAGACAAAGGUUGUCUGUGAAAAGACCCAAAUGCCGGGGAACUCGAUACAUCAUUUCACUAAGGAACGGGAUUGUGAGCAUAUGCCUUCCCUACCAUCCUCUGCAGCUAUGGGACGAGUGGAGCUUAUUCACCACAGCAGGUCUGAGGGGGAAAGGGAAGAGGAAUCCCAGACAAGAGAGUCUGAGGCAAAGAAGGCGCGGUCCAUCGGAAAGCAGAAGAAAUCCACAAGAUGUGCUGCGCAAAAGGAACGCGCUGAUGGGCCCGCUGCUACAAACAGAAGGUUUUCAUAUAAAUCUGUUUCCAAAACCGUUGUGCAGAAGGCAGAACAGCAGCAACAGGAAGGAAGCCAGGGGUUUUCCAGGGGGAGCUCUGCUGCCGAUCACGCGGCGCCCACGUCUCCGAUCCACAGCACCCUAGGACAGGUAGUUUCGGAGGUAUUAUUUCCCACGGUGGAUCCAUCUCCUGGACUGAAGUCCCCGGUCUUGUCAGUUUCUCCUCCUUGUGCUGCCUCUGAACCUCCACAAUCCUCAGUUCCCCCAGCAACUGCACACAACUCUAUGGAGGUCAUUUCCCAGCUGCUGCAAGAAGCUGAAGAUUCAGAUGAAAAAGAGUUUGAAGAUGACCCUUUAUUACAAGUUCUUCGCAGGCAGAGGAAAUGGGUAAAGAAGCGGAUCAGUGAAGUAGACUCCAUGUUGAAUGAAUUCCUGGAAGAGUGACAAGUUACUUGGCCGUUGACAAGACCCCCCUGAUGCACUUUUUAAAGAAAUAAAGUUUAUUUUUUCAUUUCCACA